CAGGUUGCAACAGCCUGUGGACGGUGACAAAAAGUACUGCAAAGAGUGGCGGAGCCAUCACGAUCCCCUGUCACUACCACCACAUGUUCAGAGACCAUGCCAAAUACUGGUGUAAGGGCAGAUCCUGGCCCUUAUGUACAGUGAUGGCAAGCACCGACCAAAGGUGGAGCAGAGGAGGCAUGUCAAUCACAGACAUCCCAGAGGAGCUGGUCUUCACUGUGACCAUGAGGAACCUGCAGGAGACUGACACCAACAGGUACUGGUGUGCUCUGAAAGUGGGUGGAAUAGGCAAGCCGGAUGUCAAAGUAUCCCUGGACCUCACAGUCACCCAAGGUGAGCUCCACUUGAAUGUACAUUUUUGACCUUACCCUACUGUUUGCAUUGCAUAAUUUCUUUAAAAAGUCUGGGAAAAUGUAGCAUAUUACAGCAAUAAUAAAAAUGUUUAUAUUUUCCAUCAGACUCUCCUGAUCUGUCAGUGGUUGAUGAGCUGGUAUCUGGUGAGGAGGGGGGCAGUGUCAGUGUACAGUGUCUCUACAGUGACACACUCAGAGGAAAAGAGAAGAAGUGGUGCAGGAGUGGGGACCGUCAUUCCUGUCAGACACAGACAGAUACUAGCCAGAAUGCAUCUGCUGUGAUCAGUGAUGACAAGAGGGGAGUGUUCAAUGUGACAAUGAGGGAACUAGAGAAGAAAGAUGCAGGCUGGUAUUGGUGCUCUGUUGGAGACCUACAGGCUGCAGUUCAUAUCAACGUCACCCAGAGACCCACAACACACAGGAACACUGCAGGUCAGUUGAUGCUGGUAGAGUUUGUUUGCACCACCUUAUGCUUGUGAUGGAGUAUUCUGUUCAAGUUUUUUUUCCAGCAAUGACAACAUUGUUACACAAAAAACACCAACACUGAAGUUGAUAUUUGCAGUAUUAUUUCAGAUGCAAAAACAUUUUAUUUUUGUUUCUUUCAUUUCUUCCUACCCAUGUUUCCUUCCGCAGAAGCAGUGACUACUCCAACUCUGCCCAUGUUACACUCAGCAUUCUCCACAUUCGCAGACUCCACAGCUAUCUCUGCCUCAAAGACAAACCCUUCCGCAACAGUAGACUCUGCUCUGACAACAUCCUCAUAUGGCUCUGCAACUCCAUAUCCAUCUGUCUCAGUUCCAUACAUCACAAUCCAUUCUUCCACACUGACUUCUUCACUAACAACAGUACAACCUACAUGCUGUCCUUCCACUGAAUCUACAACUACUAACAAGAAAAUCAGGUAUGUCUUGUUUGAUGCUCAAAGUAUUCUAUUCAAAGUCCUGAUUUGUCUUUGUGCAAGAGAUGCACAAGAUAUUCCAUUUACUAUUUUUGCUGCAUUUAUUACUUCUAUGCUUUGCCACAAGAUGUCACCCCCCGUAUGUACAUUGAUUUACAUGUGAAUCAAGUUAUGGUCUGUAACUUGUGCUGCUUCCUCAAAUUACAACUUUUCUUUUUGUUAACAUUCUUUGAUCAUGAUUUGAUGUUUUUAUUCUAUUUUAGAAACAUGCCCUGGCAUGCUCCUAUUCUCAUUGUGUUGGCCAUGGUGGUGUUGGUUAUUGUUGUUAUGGCUACAGUGAACAUCUAUAGAUCUUCUAAGAAUAGUAAGUGCCAUCCUCCUUCAACUUUAUAAUUUCUCUUUCGGCUCCAAAAUAAAUAAAUACAUUUAAUAAAAUACAUUUAAUGUGUUUUCUUGGGAACAUACUCUGUUUCAUUUGUUAACCUGACCAUAUCAUCACUGUUAUAAAGCUACCCCAUCCCUUAACUUAUCUCUCUCUUAUCUCCUGUCAGAUAUCAGACUUGUGGAAGGAGAGAUGACUGAGCUGGUGAUAAAUCAAGAUCAAUAAUAUCAGUUAAAAGAGCCUAAAAAUAAAUUGGCGUCAUAAGAAAUGCUGUAAGUUUGCUUUAAUAUCAACCAAAAUAAUCGCAUGUACAGUCAAUGGAUUGUAGCAAUAACAUACAAUUGGUUAGAGAACAGAUAAAAAACGCAAGAAACAUUAAACAAUUUCAGUAGAUUAUUCUGUUGUGGCCGAAAAAUCAUGAAGAACCAUUCAAAUGAAUUGUCAUCAUAAGAGUACAAAUACAGUAAAUAGAUGUCAUGUUACAAAACGUUACAAAACAAACCAAUAACUGAAUUAAAAGUACAGGAAAAAGCAAUGUGACUCUACACAUAUUAUACAAUAGCAUUCAUCUUUAGGUAAGGUUUGUAUCUUUAUAGCAGAACUGAAAGAGCUAUAAACAUUUGAAGACCAUUUUGGUAAGGUGUCUUUCAAAAACCUGACAUACUGGAGACUGAGAUGAUCGUAUGGAUCAUAAAGCAGACUGCAUCCCUAGGUGAGGGGGAUUAAAAUGAUUAAAAUGUCACACAUUGUCAUGUUCCAUUAAUUUUGUACAUUAAAUGAAGAAUAAAUACAAAUGCAGAGACGUUGAUUUACCUGUUCCUGUGUCCCUUAGAGUUCGUU